AUGAAAGUUCCCAAUCCUGUAAUCUUGCCACCGCAACAGGAUAUCAAGUCUCUCAUCAAACAGAUCAAUACGAGGGACAAAGUGUCGAAGGAUGUCCGUAUCCAAGCAUGUCACGAGCUUUUUCGCGGUAUAACAUGUUCAGACUACAGCGUCAGCGAAAUCAAAAACGAAAAGAAAGAAAUACUUGGAGAGCUAGCUGCGGUGAUCCAUCCGAAAUUUGGCAGUCUUGAAGUGAAGAAAUGGUGUGGCCGAAUUGCUGGCGUAAUUGGAGCUAGCGUUGUGGACGAAUUCGAUGACUUUGUCAAAUGGACCGAGACACAGUUGAAAAGUGCGAGACCAGUUGCCGAAGAAGAACAGGCCAUUUUUGUAUCCGCGCUGCACUAUGCCCUUCUGGAACUGAAAUCAAAAAGAUCACGUCUUCCGGAUGAAUACGCUAGGGGUGUUCUGAAAGUAGUGUCGGAACUUUUGGACUAUACCAACUCACACCUUGUGUUCUUUCCAAUCCUCGACGUAUGCCGUGAAAUGGCUGAAGACUAUCCCACAAUUUUCGAUGAUUUCUUUGAGGAGAUCGUGGAUUACCUAUUUGGAUGGGCACUGGAGUCUUCCAUGCCUGCGUCCGUCCCCAAAAAAUGUUAUGAAGUCAUAAAGUCGUUGUUACCGUUUUGGCGUACGCGUCCUGACUUUGGAAGUCACCUUAUGUCACAAUUCUUGGAUGACGUAGGAGGAUAUGUUGAGGAAUACGAAAAGCACGGAAACCUACGUAAUUGUGUCAACAAAGCACGAGGUGUCCUUGAAAUACUGAUAGUUCUUCUGGAAGUUUAUGUGCAAGACAGAGGAAGUGUGCAGCAGUUCUACUGGGAUAUAAUCGAAAAGACACUGUCAUCGUGCAGCUCUAGUAUGUCCCAGCUAGGAUCUCAACCGUCAUUCCGUGUUGGGAUGUUUCUAUCGGAAUACUGUGUAAUAUUUUCGACCGCUGUCCCUUUAGCAGAAACUCAGCACCUCUGUAUCCUCUCACACUGUGCUACGACUGUUAGUGAGAUCAUGCGCAAAUACAAUACCAACGAGUCCGCUGUAGUGAAUUGUCUUAAGUUUUUCGCAACGGUUUUUACUGUCUCAUCGUUACCACCGGAACUGACAGUUCCUCUUGCGGAACGAGUAGGGAUUCUUGAAGAAGAUUCGUUGUUCCCAUUUGAAGUCUCUGGAAGGUCAAAGGUAGCGUCAGCUUUGCUGUCGUUGCUGACGUCGAUGAUGAAUCCGUCAGUGCUUCCAUUGCUUUUGGCGUCAUAUACUGCCGUGAGAGCUAAAUUGCUUUUGGAAAUGACCUCGCUCCGUGACGAAGACGAGAAAAAUACAGAAAUCUUGCGGGAAAGGGAAGCAUGUUUGCUGAUUUUGAUCGGAGCUUUCGCGAAACUUGCGUCGCUGAAAAGUAGCCUGAUUGUGAUGAUGGGUCUCCGUCCAUCGCUGUUCCAUCUUCUUCUCAAAGAAAUGCCUCUCACUGACCACUGGCUCAUUUCUAAACAUCCGGCUGUCCAUUUUUGCCUUCUACGCGUUAUGCAUGCUCACGUUGCUGCUCACGACUAUUUUCUCUCCAAUUCCGAAUGGCUAGUGCAGAGCAACUCGCCCAGUUGUUUAUUUGCUCAGGAACAGCUUCAAGCGCUCGAGCAGCUUUUGACGUCAAAAAUUCUAUGGAAUGUUAGCAGAAGUCUUUGCGUGGAUUGGCUUCACGGACUGCUUUCUGGGGUUGACGAUAAAGUGAUGGCGAGUCUUUCGUAUCGUUCAGAGUUUGUACGCAUUCGUUGGGCAGUGCUGAACACUGUUUUGAAUGAGAAACCAAACGAAAAGCUUCAAUCGAUUGCCGCUCGUCUCAAAGUGCUCUGUGCGAAAGAUAACCACACCGCUGUGGCGAUUACUAAAUCUGUAUUGAAUAAGUUGAAAACAUCUGGCCAGAGCGUGGGCACUGUGGUUUGGGCAAGCAUUGACAUGCAUACAUAUCUAAGGUGCGCUCUCUGCACCGCUGGCUGGGAUCAGCUGGAGAUGGGACAAUUUCGGCUGCAGUCGUCUACAUUUGGUACAGACGAUUUCAUGUUGAUCAUGAAAUUCCUUCUGAACAGAAUUGUACCGUCGAUGCAGAGAAACCAAAGUAGCGACGACGAAUGGCUAAUGGAUACAAUUGAAACGCUGUAUGCGGAAAGACUUCGUGAGGACAGCAUAGGCAGCGCGAAAGGAGAUGCUGAGAAGCAUUCGGAUAUUAUGGCGAAGUGGCGUCGUGCCCUUGCACAUGUGGCUAAUUACUGCAUCGAGAACCGCAUGAAGACACCGCUAGGGAAGCCGAUGGACACUUUCAAUAAGAUUGGAGCUGAACUUUUGCGACUGGCCAAAGAGGUGAUGGCGGUUCCCACGGCGGCUACUGUAAAAUCUUCCGGCAAUUCACGCACCUCCGCGUCUUCUACUCGAGAUAAAUCUUCAAAAGAAGAUGAAGAUGGCGGAGACGUCGGGGAACCAAGGGCCAUUUCUGCAGCGGAAGAGUGGUGGCGUGUACGAUGUCUUCUUGAAUUUGUAGAGAUUUUUGAAAAACUCAUGUAUCAUGUCAACAACGGAACAAUGUUUCCCAUUUGCAACGUAUCUGUGUUGUCCCGCCAGUUUUUCACCACAAAUGUUGCUAGCUGUCAAGAAUGGCUUUCAAGAACUUAUCCAUUUGCGAUGAUAGUUGCAUUUCACAAUGGAAAUUAUGCACAAGUCAUUCGCUUUGGCUCAUCUGCUUUGAUUGACCUGGAAAAGAAGCAGCUGAAGGCAGAGAGCGCUCUCGCAGAAGGUGAAGCACCUCCUCCUCCCUCGAGUCAAACUAUGGCAGUUCUUUGCUGGAUGGCACGGGCCAUGGCUGAACUUGGUGUAGAGCAAGCCGUUCAAGGUCUUUCUGUUUGGGUUCACCGUGUGUAUCAUAUGGACAUGCCCUUCCUUGAUGCCAUUGCUGAAAUCGCUGCUGCAAGAUAUGAACGUUCGCUUAUUCUGUUGCGCAACUGCAUCGAGGACGAGAGCUUAUCAGACACCUUCCGAGCCAUGCUUAGAGACAUACGUAUCGACGUGCUAUCUCGCCUACGUCACCCAUUAUUCCUUGAUGCCCUGAAUUGCCCCACUGAGUUUUCUUUAUGGAAUGAAGCCGAAAAGCUUGAUGGGCAAACACCCUCCGGCAUCGAUCCAGACUCAUUUAUGAGGCUCAAGCAACUAUCAAUGUAUGGAAAAAUUGAGGCAGCGGAAGUAGCUUCGGGUGUGCCGUGGAAUUUAGUAGAUACUGCACACCGUUUAGAGACAAAAUUACUCCAGACAUUGAGAAGGCCUGAGGUCGUCAGCAUGAGAGAAACUAUUGCGAGUAUGGCUCGUUUGGUCUUGGUGACGGAUGGAGGUCAACGACUUCAUGGAAGAUUGGCAGCUUUGAACCAUAUCGCUGGAUCUGUUCUGCGCAAGAUGAGUAGAAAAGGACAAAUGGAUGCCGAACUGAAUGCUGCGAUUCUGUCCGAUCUUGCCGCAUCGUUCCUUGUUGAUGAUGGCGAAUAUGGCGAUGCUGGUGAGCGCCUUCGUCUAGGCAGACAGCUCACUUUAUGGGCCGAACGUCUGGGAUGCUCAAGUCCAGCACAUCUACACCUCCCUCUGGCUAAACUAGCGCGCAAAACAGGAAAUCCAUUAGUGGCUGGCGUACAUCUCCACAAAGCAAGCAACAGUCCCGUCCUUAUAAACAACAGCCCGAUACUAAAUAGCCUCAGAGUAGCAGUGCAAGGAACAAAAAUGAUGUGGGAAGUUGCAUCUCCUGAACAACGAGCGAGAAGUUUCGUUACAGUGUUAGCCACACUACAGGGCGGUUAUGAAUUGAUCUGCCAAUCAUACCAACUUCAAGCAGUGGUGAACAUGGAAGUUCCUCCUCCAUUUGAGAGUAUGAACGGUUUUGUGAAUGGUUACAAUCCUUUGACGGUCUCAUAUGGUGUACCUCCACCAAAUGUAGGGGUAUUGUCACCAUCCUCUACAGCUGCACUUGGAGAAGAAAUGUCCCGUACCUGCCUUCGCCUUGCAAACUGGCUUGUCAGCACUCCACAGCUGGUUGCAGCGAUUCCACCGGAGUGCAGGCAGUCUAGGUUCUGGAUGAGAUUAGAUUCGGCUGGUCGUGAAAUGAUGGGCUGUGACAUAGUGGGAAGUUUACUGGCCGUAGCAACAGAGCUGUCACCUACGCUUGGCAAAGCUCAUCGCCGUCUGGGUGACUGGGCUUUCUACUCUGCCGAGACAACUGCAAAUGAGAAGGACAAGCCGUUGUUCGACAAAAAUUACAGAAUGCUUCUUGGAGACAAUGUUCCACAAUCAACUCUUGAUGGCCUAUGGGAUGCAAUCAAUUCUGCUAACUCAGUAGCACAACUUCGAGAGAAUGUAAUAGCAGCUCUGCCAAACGACACCCUCACUGCUGAAAGUUUGUUGAUGAGUGACAGUCACUUUUCAAACCUCUGGGCGCAAAUCCGGCAACGACGGUCAUUGUUUUACAACUUAUCGGUGUCUUCUUACUUCGCUUACAUCUCUCAACUUGGAGGAAAGACAAGUAGUGGCCACAAGGGUACAAUUGGAAGCGUAUCGGCCACUCUCAGAAUCCUUGGAUUAUUGACAAAACAUGCUGAUUUCCUCCAUGAAGUAAUCGAUCAGGGUUUACGAGCCACAAAUGAGCACUUGUGGAAAGAUAUCCUUCCACAACUGUUCGCACGACUAUCGCAUCCGAUGAAGGAAGUUCGGGAGUCGUUGCUUGGGUUGCUUUCGAGGCUAUGUUAUACUGCACCGCAUGCUGUUGUGUUCCAAGCAGUUGCCGGAGCAUCGUCAAGUAUGUUAGUAGGCAGCGACGAUGAUGUUAUCGAAGCUUCAGAGAAGGAGGAUGACGAAAGCAGUAGCAAAGAACGCUGUCUGAUGUUUGAAGGUUGCCGUGAGCUUGUUUCCGUUCUGGAAGGUCAUUAUCCCAAACUUGUAAAGGAUGUUAGAGAGUUUGUAAAUGAACUACAAAGGAUCAACUUGCUCAAUGAAGAGAGAUGGACAUUUGUCCUAGCAAACUUGGACCAUGAAAUGGAAAAACGAUUGGAGCAGAUACGUGCGGAGAGUGAAAAGACCGUGAAUGCAACACAUUUGGACGACAAAACGCGCUUGGAAAUUAUUGCCGAGAAGUCACGCCUGAUCACUUCAUCUGUCUAUCGCAUCUUGGAUGAUCUUUAUGAGCGUACUUGUUUACGGGAACCAACAACCCAGAAUGAACGUGCCUUCGUGCAGGCUUAUGGUGAAAAACUACAGACAAUGUUCGAGCAGUCGCGCGCGAACCGGAAAAGUGCUGAAAAGUCAUGGGCUCCAUUCAAACACAUGCUCGGCAUUUUGCUGCAGAAGAACUCGCGUCGUGGUGGUCACGCUUUGCAGAUGCCGGAAAUAUCCCCGGUCUUGAGCGAAUUAUCAAAAAGCAGCAUUCCCAUUCCUGGACAGGAGAACAUCGAAUUUAGCGAAAUUGUCACCAUUGACCGCGUUCUCAAGAACGCUCUUGUGCUGCCUACCAAGACAAGACCAAAGAAGAUUGCAUUUGUUGGUAGCGAAGGCAAAGAGCACAUGUUCCUCUUCAAGGGUCAGGAAGACCUUCAUCUUGAUGAGCGAAUUAUGCAGUUACUCCAUAUUUGCAAUCUUAUGCUCUCUGACAGUUCAUCAAACAGAAGUUGGCCACCAUACACUGCUCGUCAUUAUGCAGUCACACCGCUGGGAACCCGAUCAGGCCUCAUUCAGUGGGUGGGAGGGGCAACGCCCAUGUUCCACAUCUAUAGGAAGUGGCAGCUUAGACAGGCUCAAAUCAAACACUCUAUGGAACGUAAGAGUGGUGUACCUGCCACAACAGCCGCUCUCGACAUAGACAGACCAACUGAUCUCUUCCAAAAGAAGAUGCGCGGAGUUUUUACCGAACACAAUGUAGAAGCAGCCACCAUCGCGGAUAGAUCAAAAUGGCCACAUAAUCUGUUGCGAGAAGUGUUUAACUCACUGCUAAAGGAAACUCCAAAGGAUCUGAUCAGCAGAGAACUGUGGAUGCGAGCUGGAAGCUGUGAUACUUGGUGGCGUGUAGUUUGCCGGUACGCGCGAUCGACCGCUGUGAUGUCGAUGAUUGGAGCUAUUCUUGGAUUGGGAGAUCGUCACUUGGACAACGUUCUUGUAAAUUUGGAUCGCGGCGAUAUCGUGCACAUCGACUACAAUAUCUGCUUUGACAAGGGUCGUCACUUAAGGGUACCUGAGACAGUACCAUUCCGUCUGACACAAAACAUCCUUCAUGCGUUAGGACCAACCCAAGUAGAAGGCGUUUUCCGUGAAUCGUGCUCACAUGUGCUGUCGACUUUACGAGAGGGCAGAGAAGUGCUACUAACUGUACUUGAUGCCUUCGUAUACGAUCCUCUAGUCGACUGGACAGUAUCCGACCAUCUGACUGCUUCAUCUGCCGCUGUGGGGGUGGCCGUCACCUUGGCCGUAUAUGGCACUGAUUCAAGAGCUGUUGAAGCGAAGCCUGUUGCUCGCGAAAUGUUUUCCAUAAGAAUUCGUGAAAAUACAGCGCUUUGGACCAAGAAUUUCAAUGAGUUGCAAUCAGCGUUGGCCAGUGUAACUGACGUGCUGCAGCGCGAAAAUACACCAGAGAAGAGCGCUUGGAAUAGCCGAGAACAGCUAGGACAGGAACGAGUAGAAGCGGGGCGCCGUCUCAAAGCUUCAAUCGCUCGUCACCAUCACAUCAUGAAAGACUUCCGCCCGCUUUUGCGAGCUCUUGCAACGUGUGAUGAGCGCUUUGCGGCUUAUGUGCGAACUUAUCGUGAACGCUUUUCUGAACCGCUUGUGAAAGCCCAUCAGUUGCUGGAUGCAGAAUCAUUGGAUUUGAACGCAUGCCUGCGUCAUUUUGCCAUCGUUCAGAAUAACAUUUGCGACAUCUACCUCGGUUUGUUGACUUUGAAUGAGAAUGUGCAGACAGCUCGCCUCCCACCGGCACCGGCACUGUCACCCUCGAAUAAGAGCGAUACACCCGAGAUGCCUCCUGGGUUUGAAGAUCCUCGCCCACAUCACCAACAACAGCAGGAACAGAAUGCACAUGCGAGCAGUGUUGUUCGCAGAGUUCGUGCAAGGUUAGAAGGAAGAAUCGAAUCAACAGACCAUCAGAAAAUUGUCACCCCAAGCGAACAGGUGGACAUCCUCAUCAACCAAGCGACGAACGGUAAUCUUCUUGCGCUCAUGUACGAAGGAUGGACAGCGUGGGUGUGAUAUUAUGCGUACCAACUGGGAUAUGUGUAAUGGUUGAAUGUUCUCGUGGCUUGCGCAGCGAGUGCGUAUUGCCACCGCCACCUUCGCCGUGGUUAGUCGUCGUCGACGCACCAAGAUUUAGCCGUCCGUCGGGGUUUACGCUCUCCCGAAUAUCUCAUCAAGCCAUCUGGACGCUAGCGUCGUACGCGAUACUUGUCCAUACUGCGCCCGGCCAACUGCGCUGUUCGCCUGUCCGCCCACUUCUUCUAUGGUUGGAUCAGCCACCAUCCACAUUCACCGCUUCUCUUUAGUGAUAAAUGCGACCAUCACACCUUCUUCGUCAUCUUUUGAGUAAUACCUGAAGUGCUGAUGCGUUAUGUAUUCCCUGAGAGAUUCGCUGAAACUAGGGCAGGACGCGGUGCCGAGUACUUUUAGUGUUAAGGGACGUCCAAGUGAACUAUAGUACCACGACUCUUUUCAUUCCGACUGUGUUCUUGUGUUCCUUGGUUCGCCAUAGCUGUUUCUAAUGUUGUUUCUGUUCUCACCCCAAUUCUCUUCCAUUUUUUAUCAUCACCACGCUCCUCUUACUCGACUAUUUUUAUUUAGAAAAUUGUUAGAAAUAACGCGUUUUAUUGGCUUGAAAUAAAGUUUUAACCGGCG